GAAGUGUGUUUUGUUCUUUCGGUGCUGUGUCUGCACUUUCUGGUGGAGGUUUUGCGUCUUUUAGUUGGCCUGCAGGGCUCGUCAGUAGUAGGUGUGAUGCAGUGUGGGGUGGAGCUGGGGGUGGUGCAGUCUGAGGUGGUGCUGGGUGUCGUUCCCGUGCAACCACACGGUGGCUCGGUGGUGGGGCAUUCUGUGGUGCGCAGGGUGGUGGUGGUGGUGGUGGGGCAUUCUGUGGUGGUGCUCGUACGGGUGGUGGUCUUACGGGUGGUGCGCGAGGUGGUGGAGCUGGGUUUCGUUCCCGUGCAACCACACGGUGGCUCGGUGGUGGGGCAUUUCGUGGUGCGCAGGGUGGUGGUGGUGGUGGUGGGGCAUUCUGUGGUGGUGCUCGUACGGGUGGUGGUCUUACGGGUGGUGCGCGAGGUGGUGGAGCUGGGUUUCGUUCCCGUGCAACCACACGGUGGCUCGGUGGUGGGGCAUUUCGUGGUGCGCAGGGUGGUGGUGGUGGUGGUGGUGGGGCAUUCUGUGGUGGUGCUCGUACGGGUGGUGGUCUUACGGGUGGUGCGCGAGGUGGUGGAGCUGGGUUUCGUUCCCGUGCAACCACACGGUGGCUCGGUGGUGGGGCAUUUCGUGGUGCGCAGGGUGGUGGUGGUGGUGGUGGGGCAUUCUGUGGUGCUGGUCUUACGGGUGGUGGUCUUACGGGUGGUGCGCGAGGUGGUGGAGCUGGGUUUCGUUCCCGUGCAACCACACGGUGGCUCGGUGGUGGGGCAUUUUGUGGUGCGCAGGGUGGUGGUGGUGGUGGUGGGGCAUUCUGUGGUGCUGGUCUUACGGGUGGUGGUCUUACGGGUGGUGCGCGAGGUGGUGGAGCUGGGUUUCGUUCCCGUGCAACCACACGGUGGCUCGGUGGUGGGGCAUUUUGUGGUGCGCAGGGUGGUGGUGGUGGUGGGGCAUUCUGUGGUGGUAGUCUCACAGGGAGGUGAAGUCUCCGUGCAACCACACGGCGGUUCAGUGGUGGGGCAUUCCGGGGUGGUAGUCUCACAGGUCGGUGGUUCGGUGGUGGGGCAUUCUGUGGUGGUAGUCUCACAGGGAGGUGAAGUCUCCGUGCAACCACACGGCGGUUCAGUGGUGGGGCAUUCCGGGGUGGUAGUCUCACAGGUCGGUGGUUCGGUGGUGGGGCAUUCUGUGGUGGUAGUCUCACAGGGAGGUGACGUCUCCGUGCAACCACACGGUGGUUCGGUGGUGGGGCAUUCUGUGGUGGUAGUCUCACAAGGAGGUGAAGUCUCCGUGCAACCACACGGUGGUUCGGUGGUGGGGCAUUCUGUGGUGGACGUCCUUCGGACGAUACGUAACGAGAAGACGUUCGAGCAGUUUAUAAUCAGUAAGCUCGCUACAAAUGAAGGAAUAUAGAAGGAUUAGUGGGUC